AUGGCGGCAGACGAUAAAGUUGCUAUCUUAACUGAUGAUGAAGAGGAACAGAAGAGAAAAUAUGUGCUUGCUGAUCCCUUUAAUGGCAUUUCCAGGGAACCAGAACCACCUUCAAAUGAAACACCCUCCUCCACAGAAACAUCUGCUGUUCCCCAGGAAGAAAUAGACUGGAUAGAGAAACAUUGUGUUAAAAUAAACAACGAUCUUCUAAUUUCCAAGGUCUUUUACUUUUUCUUUUACUCUGCCUAUGGCUCUCUUUACCCACUUUUGCCUGUGUAUUAUAAACAGCUGGGAAUGUCACCAAGCCAGAGUGGACUGCUAGUAGGCAUUCGAUACUUCAUUGAAUUCUGCAGCGCUCCCUUUUGGGGUGUAGUUGCAGAUCGCUUUAAAAAAGGCAAAAUUGUCCUCCUCUUUUCUCUUUUAUGUUGGGUUUUAUUCAACCUGGGAAUUGGAUUUGUCAAACCUGCUACGUUGAGAUGUGUACCAAAGAUCCCCCCAACAGCUCGCCCCACCAAUGCAAGUCACCUGUUAACCACCCUGCCAACGAAUUCUUCCAUUAUCUCUUUCCUUACCACAUCACCAAAAAUGCGUGAGAAGAGGAACCUGCCUUCUUCCAGUUGGCCAUCAGUGUUAGAAACAGGGCCCAAUAUCUCAGAUGCUUUUAUCUUUUCAACACCUCCAAACAAGAGCAGUGAACCCACCCUGCAGCCCCAGACAGAUGAAAUUACUGACCAUAUUAUGGACUUGACAUUGAACCCACCAAGCAUAGCAACCUCUGCGCCCCCAGGAAAUGUAACCAGGGAGACAACCACUGCUAUGGUCACUACCACCAAAUCUUUACCUUCCAACCAAGUCGCUCUUGUUUAUGAUCAACAAGAAGUUGAAGCUAUAUUCUUAGUGAUCUUGGUAGUCGUCAUAAUAGGAGAAUUUUUCAGUGCCUCUUCUGUCACGAUUGUAGACACAGUAACACUCCAGUAUCUGGGAAAACACAGAGACCGCUAUGGAUUGCAGCGCAUGUGGGGCUCGCUGGGCUGGGGCCUGGCGAUGCUGUCCGUGGGCAUCGGCAUCGACUACACCCACAUAGAAGUGCUCAUCGAUGGAAAGGGGUGUAAGCCCCCUGAGUACCGGAACUACCAGAUCGUCUUCAUUGUCUUUGGAGUUCUUAUGACCAUGGCCUUGAUCGUUGCUACUCAGUUCCGGUUCCGGUAUAACCACUUCAAAAAUGAUGACAAUAAAGGGAAAGAGGUUGAGAUCGCUCAGGUGGAGAGGAACACCUCCACAGAGUCCUCUGAGGAGACACCAACCACCACAAGCCACUUGCAGACCUUCAAUUUUUGGGACUUAAUCAAACUGCUUUGCAGUGUGCAGUAUGGCUCCGUGUUGUUCGUGGCUUGGUUUAUGGGUUUUGGAUACGGCUUCGUGUUUACCUUUCUCUACUGGCAUUUGGAAGACCUGAAUGGAACUACAACCCUUUUUGGGGUCUGUUCAGUCCUGAGUCAUGUGUCUGAGCUGACAGCUUAUUUUUUUAGUCACAAGCUUAUCGAACUGAUUGGCCACAUCAGGGUUCUAUACAUUGGCCUGGCCUGUAAUACAGCUCGCUAUAUUUAUAUUUCCUACCUGGAAAAUGCCUGGACUGUUCUCCCCAUGGAAGUUCUUCAAGGAGUGACACACGCGGCCAUCUGGGCAGCAUGCAUUUCUUACCUCAGUGCGGCCGUCCCUCCUGAGCUGAGGACGUCUGCCCAGGGCAUCCUGCAGGGCCUUCACCUGGGUCUGGGGAGAGGCUGUGGUGCCAUGAUCGGAGGCGUUUUAGUCAAUUAUUUUGGGGCUGCUGCGACCUUCCGAGGAAUUGGCAUGGCCUGCCUGGUAAUCCUUCUGCUCUUUGCCCUGAUCCAGUGGCUGGCAGUGCCAGAAGAGGAUGAAGACAAGACAAUGUUGGCAGAAAGGAUUCCUGUUCCCUCCAGUCCCGUUCCCAUAGCAACCAUCGACUUGGUACAGCAACAGACAGAAGAUGUCAUGCCACGCAUUGAGCCUAGACUUCCGCCCAAGAAAACCAAGCACCAGGAAGAACAGGAGGAUGUGAACAAACCAGCCUGGGGGGUCAGCUCUUCUCCCUGGGUGACCUUUGUCUACGCGCUCUACCAAAUUAAAGAGAUGAUGCAACUAACAAGAGACAACCGUGCUUCUGAGAUACAGCCUUUGCAGGGGACCAGUGAGAAUCAGGAAAAUUCUCCAGCUGGUAAAGCCCAUCCCAUUGCAUGUGAGACUCACCCUGACCCAUCUAGAGACCAGCCAUCCCCUAAUGCAGACCAGACACAGAACAGCCCCACUCAACCCAGUGUGGAUCCACGCGUGGAGAAGAGUGCCGGGCAGCAGGCUCAGCCUGCCGCAGGAGGACACUGA